AUGGGCAAUAUUGAAAUCUUAAUAGCGGAGGACUUCGAGAAUUGUCGUCGAGAGUUUAGGAAACUCAGCCGGAGGCUUAGCAAGGAUUUCAGCCCCGAAGACUGUGAAGAUAUACUCUUUGAAGCUAUGGACUAUGGAUUAGCCUUUAUACUUGACAGCGAUAGCGGCGAUGCAGCCCUAACCUCGAAAAUCCUAGAUAUGGCGGUUAGUAAGAAACGUGUUCGAAGGAAUGACACCGACAGUGAAGGCGAGGAUUAUUUAAAGCCUUCGAAAAAGGUGCGAAUGAACACGACUAAAAAGCGCACUCGAAAUAUAAUGAAAGACUCUAGUGACGACGGACAAAUAGAGAGUGCUUCUAAGAAAGCUCGUUUAGGUGGAUAG